AUGCGAGGAAAGCAGAGGAAACAAAUGCUCGAUGAGCGGUACAAGGUCAAAUAUGGUGCAGUUUUGGAAAGAUUGGGUACUCAGCGGGUGCUUUUACCGUUAUCAUUUGGUCCCUCUUCUUUGGUUUUGUUUGAUAUGAUAGCAUCUUUAUUGCAGGAGCAGAACUUAGCACAUAAGGGAAAGCAGGGUUUCGAAUUAGUGGUGCUUCACUUGCAAGAGGACGAACAGGCCGCUGAAAAGUUUGAACUCCUUACAAAAAGCUACUCGCCCAUAGAAAUCAAAUUCAAGAUUGUGAAUGCUGAUGAUUGGAAACUAUCUGACAAGAUGAAAAUCUCAGUAAGUAACGAGUUUGACGUCAUAGCACAGAAACUUGAUUCCAAAUCGGAGAUAGCGCUCACUGUGUCACAUCUAUUGGAGUUGUCUCCCAGUAGAUCACUGCGAGCAGACUUACUAGCUAUUAUCUACGAAGACAUCAUUUUUCGGACGGCAGUGGCCGAAGGAUGCCAGACAAUUUUAUUUGGUCACAGCAUGACGCGAUUGGCUACAGAAGUCAUUUCAUUGACAGUAAAGGGCCGUGGGCUGCAAAUUAGCCAGGAAAUUGCCGAUGGCCCAAGAUCGUACGGAGAUCACUCUGUACAUGUGAUCUUUCCACUUCGUGAGGUGCUAUUCGCAGAAGUGGAUGCUGUUCUCAAGUUGAGAGAAGGGUUGUUACAAUACAUGAAGAUAUCGGAGGAACCUCAAACAAGAAUCGUCAAGAACAUGACUGUCCAGGCACUCACAUCGCAGUACUUCGACAAUCUCGAUGCUACAGGAUAUGCAUCUACGGCGUCCACAGUUGUCAAGACCGCCGAGAAGCUUGGUGGCCCAAAAGAUCCCAAAACGGGAAUCUGUCAGAUUUGUGGGUGUGACAUUCAUCAGGACGCACGUAAAUGGCUCCGAAACAUUACAGUGUCUGAGGCGGCACCACUAGUUAAGGACGAACAGAGAAAAUAUGCAGAAGCGUACGAACUGGAGUUUCAGGCUGAUGAUGUCAGCGGAGGAGGAUUGAUAGUCUGCUAUGGAUGCACCACUACAUUGGCUGGUGCUGGGAGUGGGUUUGUAUGGCCCGUGAGAGCCUCCAAGGAUGAGAUUCUUGAUGAGUACGUGUUGACCGACGAUGAGGAAUAG